AAAGAACCUCUGCCACCUGCCUUCAAUUCUUGCACAAGUACCCCUUGCCUUGGGGACACCAGGCAGGGGGUGGGGCCAAGAUCAGGGAAACACAAGCCACCCUAAUCAUCCUCUGGUCCUCCUCCCCUGACUCAACUGCUCUGGCAUUGUUGGAGCUGUAGAUGUUAAUUUUGGGGCCUCUGGGCCCUGAGCUUAUUGGGUGCCACAAAAGAAACAUGAGAAUCCAGGGCUCCCUCCUCCUGGUAGUCCUCCUGGCUUUGGAGACCCAGCUGCCUGUGGCCUUGUGUAGGAAUAAGGGAGACAAAUUGGGGGGCUGCCCACCAGACGACGGCCCCUGCCUCCAGGUGAUCCCUGAUCAGUGCAUGAAUGACCGCCAGUGUCCCUCGUCUCUGAAGUGCUGCUCCAGAUCCUGCUUCCGCCAAUGUGUUCCUAGGGUCUCAGUGAAGCUGGGUAACUGCCCUGUGGAUAAGCUCCACUGCCUCGGUCCUAUAAAGCACUUGUGUAACCAAGACUCAGACUGCUCAGGCAAGAAGCGAUGCUGCCUCGGUGCCUGUGGCCGGGACUGCCGAGACCCCAGCAAAGGCUAAUCCUGGCUUAGGGCCUGUGGCUCUGCACCUCAGGUGUGGUUCCCACCGGGAAGAGAUCAUGGUGGAGGCCAGGGAUCCUGCCGCCCAGCUCAUCUCUCCAGAACAGUUGUAACCUGACAGACAUCAGCCUGUUGCUAGUUGCUUUCCCCUACAAUUCAUGCCUCCUGGUUUCUCUUCCUGCCCACAGGAAGACCUUAAAAACACAUCUCGUCACCAUAGUACCC